AGAGUCACCUGAAGGCAGCAUGCUCGUCUGUGUGCUGUUACGACACAUUUUUGUCAUCCAAAUGUAAGAGGACACCUCUUCCUGGUGUGGACUAAUAAUAAUGGACUGAUGAGAGAGAGAAGGUAGAACAGCUCUAGACGGGAAGAGAAGACACACUGUAUUCAGUUGGAGGAAUGUCAGCCGUAAACAAAUCUGCAGAAGAUGGCAGCGCCUUCUCUUCAAAGGUCAUCAACAUUGUGUUCAUCACCCUGCUGCUAGACCUGCUGGGAUUUACACUGAUUCUACCUCUACUGCCUUCAAUUUUGGACCAUUAUGCACAAACAGGGGAUGUCGUAUAUCAGUCUCUGCAGAGUGUUGUGGACUGGUUCAGGGAGGUCGUGGGGAUCCCUAUGGAAAAGAAAUACAACAGUGUCCUGUUUGGAGGUCUGAUCGGGUCGCUGUUUUCUCUGCUGCAGUUCCUGUCGUCGCCUAUAACCGGGGCUCUGUCAGACCACCAUGGCAGACGACCCUUACUCAUUCUUACCACAUUAGGGCUGAUGUCCUCCUAUGCGGUCUGGGCCGUUUCCCGGAGCUUCAGCAUGUUCCUUUUGUUUCGAGUAAUUGGGGGCAUUUGUAAGGGCAACGUCAGCCUCUGCACUGCCAUUGUGGCCGACUUGCCUUGCCCGAAAGCACGGAACCGAGGAAUGGCUAUGAUCGGCAUCGCCUUCUCCUUGGGCUUCACCAUUGGACCUCUGAUGGGUGCGUACUUUGCCGUCAGCGCCAGAGCAGGAGAUGUCUUCUACCAGACUCCAGCUCUGCUCGCCUUGGCCUUCAGUGUUGCUGAUCUGCUCUUCAUUUGGCUCAUGCUGCCAGAGACGCUCCCGAAGGAUGUCAAGGCUUCAUCUUCAGGGUUUGGGGACUCCGGGGAUCUUUUGAACCCAGUGUCUUUGUUCCAUUUUUCCGCUGUUACCAGGGCAAAAGAUCCACCUUCAAAUAAAAGAAUGAAGAAUCUUCAAUUAUUGGGCCUGGUUUAUUUCUGCUACCUCUUUCUGUUCUCUGGUCUGGAGUUCACGCUGAGUUUUCUGACUCACCAACGCUUCCACUUCACAAGUAUGCAGCAGGGAAAGAUGUUCUUCUUCAUUGGUGUCGUCAUGGCCUUGAUCCAGGGGGGUUAUGCUCGCAGAAUCAAGCCUGGGCACCAUAUCAAGGCUGUUCGUAUGGCGAUCAUAGCAUUAAUCCCAGCGUUUAUUCUCAUCGGGCUUUCAUGGAAUAUGAUAAUGCUUUACGUUGGCUUGGCGUUAUACUCAUUUGCGGCUGCAAUAGUAGUUCCAUGCCUGUCAACGCUUGUUUCUGACCACGGCUCGAUCAAUCAGAAGGGCACAGUCAUGGGGAUUCUGCGUAGUUUGGGCGCUCUGGCCAGAGCUCUGGGACCAGUGGUGUCAUCCUCCGUUUACUGGAUAGCUGGAGCUCAGAUCUGUUUUCUCCUCAUGUCAGCUUCUUUCAUUAUUCCUCUUGCUCUCCUGAGAAUAGCCGGGAGGCUAAAGGAGGCGUGAGAGACACAAAGACUUGAAAGAGACAUUUUGAUGUUUUAUAGUUUCUGAAUGAUGUAUGAAUGAUGUUUACAUAGGCACUGACUUAUUACUUUGACACAAAAAAAAUAUUCAAAGGAGAUGUAUACUUUCUGUUCUGUUCGCCAAGGAUCAUCACAUGAAACAAAAUAAUGCAAGAAGACGAUGCAAAUACCAAAACAGAUUGGCGCUGUUGUACAAAUGAGAAAUGAGUGAACAAAAUGCUUUUAAAUGUGCACAUGUAAACCUGUGCAUAUUGUGAAAUGCAGGGGUUAGGGUGGGUUACAAAUAACAUUUAUGCUUGUGGAACAUAGAUAUCAUUUUAUACAGUAGUAUUUCAAUCAGAUUUUGUAUUUUAAAUAUUAGCAUUUUAUUUUAGCUCACUUUAAAAAUGUGAAUAUUCUAUUUUCUUGUAAACUAAUAAACGACCACGUCAA